GCGAAUAAUUUAUGCAAUUAGUGUAAAAGUAGCGUUUAUAUAUUUUGUUUAUAUUUAGUAAACUGUUUAUAAAAAAUCCCUCUAUAACUUUAGUUGGGACCAAUUGAUUUGUGUACGCAUCACUUAACUCGCGCUGUUCGCCGACUCUCGCAAAUCGCACUCGACUCUUGUAAUUUCAGUCUUUCUUCCUAGUUCUGUCGUUACUCGUUCGCGAAAUCAGUUGAGUUUUUGCUGGUGCGGAGCAAACGGACUGAAUUUUUGUUAUAUUGUUGCGAAAAGACUUAAAAAAAUUGUCAAAAAUUCGAAAUAAAUACAAAAAGUAAAUGAGUAAAAUUCAAAAUAUUUAAAAAUUGUGAAUUUUAAUUGAAAAUAAAUUGCGCGGAGAAAAACAUUGUUUUUAAUAAAUAUCUGAAUUGAUGUGCAAUUAAAUAUCGCUAUAUUGUUGGAGUUUUAUAUUACAUUGGAAAAAAGGCGCAAAAACCUUACAAAGCAAUGUUUGAUUCAAUAGAUGUUGCUGGUGAUAAACGUCGGCGUUUAAAAAUGUUGAUUCAACAAACCGUGGAAAAUCAGCAAUGUUUCGAGUGCCAAUAAAUGAUUGAAAAUCUAAAAUGAACUUAACUUUUAUUCACUUACACUUAGAAUUUGCUUUAAAGACUCUUUAAAAUAAACCUCUUACACUGAAGAAUUGUAAGAAAUAAACAAAACAAAACGGAAUAAAUAGCCGAAACUUUUCGGUCGAUGUUUAUAAUUUCUGACACAAAAUGCACUCAAUCGCUGUCGGCAAAACCGCUUUAACUCAGUUGAAACAUUUUGUAAUUGUGCGAAAGCGAUUUCAUAGAGUGCAACCACAUAUAAACCAAAUUCAAACUUGGGAAGUUUUGACUCUUUCUGCUAAUGUCAACACAGCCGCUGCAGCUCAAAUAAAGGCAUCAGUGUCGAGUGAUCGUAUUUUGAAAUUUAAUAAAACAUUUCCGGAAAUCAUUUUUUUCCUUCCACCAAAUGAACAUACACAACUUUUUAAUUUUUCUAUAAUUUCAUCGUUAUUAAGAUAUUCAAAAUAAGCUUUGAGAUUGCGCUUGAAAAUUUUGAAUUUAAAACAACAAAUAAGGAAAAUCAUAAAUAAUCAAGUGAAAGCGGCGUAAAUUGUACGAAGUUACGCAUAUUUAAUACCAAAAUAAACAUUAUAAUAAAGACGUCUCAAUGAUGGCAGAUCAUAUGGAUGAACCACCGCAGAAGCGGACUAAAAUGGAUCCAACGGAUUACGUUUCCGUUUUAGAAGAUGAUUUACCGGAUGAAUUAGUUACUGGUAACAGUAAUUGGCCGGACCCUCUUGGCGGUGGCGGUGGACCAGGAGGAUCAGGCGCAGGUCUUGGUGUCAAUGUAGUAGGUGGACCCAACAAACCCCCUGCUCAAGGUCCUGGACCAGGUGGACCACAAAUGAAUGGCGCAAGCGACGAUAACACAGGAGGAAACCAAGGUGGUGGUGGCAAUCCACUACGUCAAAUGCAACAUCAUCAACAUCUGCAACAAUUAUUGCAACAACAAGGUAAUAAGAAUACAGGAAUGAUCGGCAAUCCAAUGGGUGCAGCUGGAAUGAAUCAGUUAGGAAGUAAAUCGCCUAACUUGCAAUCACCAAACGCAGCAGGCAUGCAAGUAGUUGGUGGUCAAAUGGGUAUGGUUAACUCAAUGUCAAUGUCUAUAGCCAACAAUGGUACUCCCGGAAUGAAUACAAUGCCUGGCAUGAACACGAUUGCUCAGGGGAAUUUAGGUGGUAUGGUGAUUACCAAUAGCAAUUUAGGAGGUUUGGGUGGCGGUGCUGGAAUGGUGAAUACAUUAAAACAACAAAUUGGUGCAGGUGCCGGUGGAAUGAUGAAUGCUGGACCUGGUGGCGUGGGACCAGUUGGAAAUAUGGGUCCCGUUGGUGGAGCAAAUCAAGGCAUGCAUUUAGGUGGCGGACCUGGUCAUCCGCAAAGUUUACAAAAUGGACCGAUGAUGGGUAGAAUGGUUGGACAACAUCUUCUACGUGGGCCCAGUCCACACUUAAUGGCUGGCAAUGGGCCUGGUGUUGGACCAGGGGGUGGUCCGCGAAUGCAAAAUCCAAAUAUGCAAAUGGCUCAACGAGCAGAUGUGUUAAACGGUAAUCUUACAUACGGUGGUCCAGGUCAAAUGGCUAAUAUGGUUGGCGGUAAUGUAGCAGGCGGACCGAAUGGACCUUACGGAAAUGCCGUGGGAGGUGUUGGAAAUUAUGGUGGUCCUAUUAAUGCCCAGGGUGGCAUUAAUGUAAAUCCCAAUAAUCCACAGCAGCAACUUUUGGCACAGCAAAUGGCACAACGUGGUGGUGUUCAUCCUAUGCAACAGGGUAACCGACCUGGUGUACCCAUUGGAAUGGCUGGAGUUGGUAAUGACGGAUCACUUGGAGGUCUAGUGGGUGGUCCACAACAACAACAACAAUCACAAAUGGGUCCAAAUCCCCAACAAAAUGCGCAAGGUGGUGUCAUGGGAGGACCACGACCUCCGCAACCUGGAGGUGGCCCUCAACAAAAUCAAAUCCUUCAUCAGCAGCAACAACAACCGGGUACAUCCCAACAAUCUGGUGGUGGUACUGCUGGUGGAAGUGGUGGUGGAAACACAGGCAGUGGAUCUAGUGGUGGAGGCCAACAUCUCUCUGAAGAGCGAAAAAAGCACAUACAGCAACAACUGGUGCUCCUCUUACAUGCGCAUAAGUGCAACCGUCGCGAAUCUCUGAACCCUAACCGUGAAAAAUGCAUAGUUCCCUAUUGUAAAUCUAUGCAAGAUGUGCUGGCGCAUAUGGCGAACUGUAAACAGAGUAAAGAAUGCAGCGUUCAGCAUUGUACUUCGUCUCGUCAAAUAUUGCUGCAUUAUAAAACUUGCACACGUUCGGAUUGUAUUAUAUGUUUUCCGUUCCGUCAGCAACAGAGUUUCCACAACAACGCAAGUGGCGCUAAUGCGAAUGCAAAUACUAACCAACCAUUACAAGGUAUUGUAAAACAACAACAGCAACAGCAGCCAGAUGGAAAUACCGUAGGAGGUGGUGGUCCGCAAAAUUCUGGUAUACCACAACAGAAUACUGGUGGCACAAAUAUUAUUACUGGAACCGGUGGUCAAGUUGGCAUGACCGGAGGUCCAAAUCAACAAUUAGGUAUGAAGUCUAAUGUAGACAUGUCUCAACAAAUGCAACAACAGAACUCACAGAAUCAAAAUCAAGAGAUUCGACGGUUUGAUAGUUUGGGAAUGCAAGGGGCUGUUUCUAACUCCGGACCAGGAGCUAAUAUGCUGCAAAAUAAUGCAGUGAAUCCACAACAACAAUUACAAGGUAUUCGUAUGCCGGGAGGCGGACCGGCGGUGCGAGUUAUGUCAGCUCAAGUUGGUGGACCCGGAGGUGUUAUAGGGGGUGGAGGACCGAAUUCAAAUACAAUCAUGGGAAGUAAUAUGAUGAUUGGAGGAGCUGGAGGGCAGGAUAACAGCAUGCAACAACAAAACCAAAAUGUUCAACAACUUUUACAGGGCGGCGGUGGCGGCGGUCAUAACAAUCCACAACUAGCUGGUUUAAUCGGAGGCCCUAACACCAACAAUACUGGUCCAAAUCAACAAAAUGCUGGACAACAAUCACAGCAAUCAAACAUUCCUCUAUCAGUUAAUGUUCAUAAUAUUAAUAACAAUUCCGCUUUUAAUAAUGCACAGUUAGGAGCUAAUAAUGCCGGUAACUCAGCAGACAUGGGAGCAACGGGCGGAAACGGACCACCACCUAACAAGCAGCUGGUGGGACCGCAAGAGUUGGCCAAGAUGAAAAUGCAGUCGUACAAUGUCAUUAUGGCUAAUUCGACGACAGUGAGUGGCCCAGCUGGCGCACCUGGUGGAGUCGUCGGCGGUAACAACAAUUCAGGUGCUUCUGGCGUACCUGGCGGAGCCAAUGUAAAUUCAGGUGGCAUGGUAGGAGCUCAAAGUAAUAACUCAUCCAGUGGUGGUGCAACCACUUCACAGGGCGGUAACAGCAGCGCAAGUAAUAAUGCUGGUACUGAAGAAAGAGACUGGCGUGAAUCGGUGACUGCUGAUCUUCGAAAACACCUUGUUCAUAAGCUUGUACAAGCAAUAUUCCCAACAUCUGAUCCGACAACCAUGGCUGAUAAACGUAUGGCCAAUUUGGUUUCUUACGCUGAAAAAGUUGAGAAAGAUAUGUAUGAGGCAGCUAAGUCACGGUCAGAAUAUUACCAUCUACUGGCCGAAAAGAUCUACAAGAUACAAAAGGAGUUAGAAGAGAAGCGCAUCAAACGAAAGGAACAGCAAAUGUUAAUAAUGCAGCAACAGCAACAAGGAAGUGGUGGAGGGGCGGGGUCCGGCCCCGGACAAGGACCAGGUCCAAGUAAUGCGGUGCCAGUUGGUCAACAACUUCCCAUUGGACAUCCCCAAGCUCAGCAAACUCAGAUUCGACCUUUGAUCAGUCCUAUGGGUGGCAGUGGAGGCCAAGGUAUGCCGUUAGGUGCUGCUGGAAUGAUGCAAACACAAAUGCGAGGACAAGCUCCCGGUAAUGUGGGAAUGAUGCCUGGACAAGCAAGCCAAAAUAUGGUAGGAAUACGUGGUCAAUCUCCUGGUGGUAACUUGCUAUCUAUGCAUCCACAACAGAGAAUGCAGUUUCCACAACAACAAGGCAAUUUAUUGGUUGGUCCUCCGGGGCCUAGUCCAAAUAGUGGCAUGGGGGUUAUGCCAACAUCUACACCACAAAAUAUUGUCGUACCAAGCCCUGUUUUAUCUCCUUACGGUGUUCAAGUAAUUCCAGCUAGUCAAGUAAGUGCCGGUGGAGUGUUGACAAGUCCUGUUCCCGGUCAACAACAACAAUUUAUCACGGCCAAUGGUGGGAAUAAUUCACAAUCAGCGCAGCAAAUUUCUGAAAUAAUGAAGCAAAGGCUUUUGCAAGCACAACAACAGCAACAACAACAACAACAACAACAGCAUCAGAACAAUAUGUUAUUGCCACAAUCACCAUUUAACAAUCCUGCUUCUCAUAUGCAACAACAACAGCAAGCGCAGCAGCAACAACAGCAAGCGCAGCAGCAACAACAGCCACAAAACCCCUUUCCUUCACCAAUGUCACAACAACAGAAACAAAAUAUCGCUUCGGUGGGAAAUAUGCCUCCGACACCUACUAGUCUUGAGUCAUUAGUCGGUGGAAAUUCGGUAGGUGCGAAUACCACAACUGGUGGCCCCUCAACAGGUGUUAUGGUAGCCGCGCCCAGUCCCUCACCAAAUUUCACCUCGAAUGGUCCAAUAGGAACACCUUCCAACAAUCCUCCAUCAGUAACAUCGCUUAUGCAGCCACUUAGUGAACGAGCAAGCAGUACUCCACCCAUUAUGGCACCGUCCCCGGCAUCGGCAGCAUCUGCAACUACACUGUCUGUGAAUGCUAGUACAGCGUCCAGCAAUGUGGGUGUGCCAUUGAGCAGUGGUGGUACUACAAUGACGACAACUGCGUCAUCUUCCAACACUCAGUUGUCGGUGAAACCUAAUGCCAUUAACACAAGUAGUAAUGGUCCGUCUAUGACACAGCAGCAGCAGCAGCAGCAACACCAGCAAUUAUCGAUGGGUAAAGGCGGUAACAGCAAUAGCUGUAAUAGUGUCAGUGCAGCAGCCACAACUACAACAACAUCGACUGUGAUGAGUUCGCGUCCUACAUCAAGUAGUAAUCUUUCAUCGCAAAUGGCAGCGCUUGAAGCAGCUGCGCGUGAUAACGAUGAAACUCCUCCCUCGCCAAGUGCUGAUUCUGGCGGUGAAAGUGGCAACGCUUCCAAAGGCAAGUUGGAUUCCAUUAAGCAAGAAGAUGAAAUUAAGAAAGAGUACAUGGAAGAUGGUAGCGGUGGUGGAGACAAUUCUCAGAUGGACACACAAUCUUCGGCCGGUGUUGGUAAAAAUGUUAAUAAUGAUGGCACCAACAUGAAAGUUGAAAUCAAGACUGAAGACGGAGACAGCAUUAUUAAAAGUGAACCAAUGGACACGGACGACAAUAAUGCCACAAAUGGUGUUGGCGGAAUUGGGAAUGCAGGAGAUUGUAAAAACGAAGGUAAGGCAUCAGCUGAUGGUGAUACUAAAGUCAAAUCCGAAACAAAACCUGUAGUGCCAGAACCACUGAUGCCAAAUGCUGGUGAUAAGAAAAAGAAAUGCGUAUUUAACCCAGAGGAGUUAAAACAGGCACUACUACCAACACUUGAUAAGUUGAUGCGUCAUGAACCAGAAUCGGCACCUUUUCGAUAUCCCGUGGAUCCGCAAAUACUUGGUAUACCAGACUACUUUGAUAUUGUGAAGAAACCCAUGGAUUUGGGAACAAUACGUAACAAUUUGAUGAAUGGCAAAUAUAAUGAUCCAUGGGAGUAUGUCGAUGAUGUAUGGCUAAUGUUUGACAAUGCUUGGCUAUAUAAUCGUAAAACUUCUCGUGUUUACCGAUACUGCACAAAGUUAUCUGAAGUAUUUGAGCAAGAAAUCGAUCCUGUAAUGCAAGCACUGGGCUACUGCUGUGGUCGAAAGUACACAUUCAAUCCACAAGUGCUAUGUUGCUUUGGAAAGCAAUUAUGUACCAUACCUAGGGACGCCAAGUAUUACAGUUAUCAAAAUAGUCUAAAGGAUUAUGGUGUUGCCUCAAACAGAUACACCUUCUGCCAAAAAUGUUUCAACGACAUACAAGGAGACACUGUAACUCUCGGCGACGAUCCCCAGCAAUCCCAAACACAAAUUCGUAAAGAUCAAUUCAGAGAGAUGAAAAAUGAUCAUUUAGAGCUUGAGCCGUUUGUAGAUUGCCAGGAAUGUGGUCGCAAGCAACAUCAGAUUUGUGUACUCUGGCUAGACACUAUUUGGCCAGGUGGUUUUGUCUGUGACAAUUGCUUGAAGAAGAAGAAUUCCAAAAGAAAGGAGAACAAGUUCAAUGCGAAACGACUGCCCACCACAAAACUUGGUAUUUAUAUUGAGACUCGUGUGAAUAACUUUUUGAAAAAGAAAGAAGCCGGUGCUGGUGAGGUACACAUACGGGUUGUAUCCUCCUCUGAUAAAUGUGUAGAGGUAAAGCCAGGCAUGCGACGACGAUUUGUCGAUAAUGGGGAAAUGUGUUCAGAGUUUCCAUAUCGUGCGAAAGCCUUAUUCGCCUUUGAAGAGGUUGACGGUGUUGACGUUUGCUUCUUUGGCAUGCAUGUACAAGAAUAUGGUUCGGAAUGUCCACAACCAAACACGCGACGUGUGUAUAUCGCCUAUUUAGAUUCGGUACAUUUCUUUAAACCUCGUCAGUAUCGAACCGCCGUAUAUCAUGAGAUACUGCUGGGUUAUAUGGACUAUGUGAAACAGCUGGGUUACACAAUGGCACAUAUUUGGGCUUGUCCACCUUCCGAGGGUGACGACUAUAUAUUCCAUUGUCAUCCGACGGAUCAGAAAAUACCUAAACCGAAACGAUUGCAGGAAUGGUAUAAAAAAAUGCUGGACAAAGGUAUGAUUGAGCGCACCAUACAGGAUUACAAAGAUAUAUUGAAGCAAGCAAUGGAAGACAAAUUGACAUCAGCGGCAGAGUUGCCCUAUUUUGAAGGCGAUUUCUGGCCUAAUGUACUGGAAGAAAGUAUCAAAGAGUUAGACCAAGAGGAAGAGGAGAAACGCAAACAAGCCGAAGCAGCAGAAGCUGCUGCGGCAGCCAAUAUAUUUUCAAUUGAAGAUAAUGAAGUUAGUGGUGAUGGCAAGAAAAAAGGCCAGAAGAAAGCGAAGAAAUCCAAUAAAUCCAAAGCUGCACAGCGUAAAAACAACAAGAAAACCAAUGAACAACAGACAGGCAAUGACCUCUCUGCCAAGAUCUAUGCCACAAUGGAGAAACACAAGGAGGUGUUCUUUGUGAUUCGCCUGCAUUCGGCACAAUCAGCUGCGAGUUUAGCGCCUAUACAAGAUCCAGAUCCAUUAUUAGCAUGCGAUCUGAUGGAUGGCCGAGAUGCGUUCCUAACACUCGCAAGAGACAAGCACUUCGAAUUUUCAUCACUUCGUCGUGCACAGUUUUCUACGCUAUGCAUGCUGUACGAACUGCACAACCAAGGACAAGACAAGUUCGUCUACACAUGCAACAAUUGCAAAACUGCGGUGGAAACCCGAUACCACUGCACCGUUUGUGAUGACUUUGAUCUCUGUUCGGUGUGCAAGGAGAAAGUUGGACAUCCACAUAAAAUGGAGAAACUUGGCUUGGACAUUGAUGAUGGCUCAUCACCGGCUGAUCUCAAACAGGCUAACCCUCAAGAGGCGCGCAAACAAUCCAUACAACGGUGCAUUCAGUCAUUGGUGCACGCAUGCCAGUGUCGUGACGCUAAUUGUCGCCUGCCUUCGUGCCAGAAGAUGAAACGUGUGGUUCAGCAUACCAAGAACUGCAAACGCAAGACCAAUGGAGGCUGUCCAAUUUGCAAACAACUAAUAGCGCUUUGCUGUUACCAUGCCAAGCACUGCCAGGAGCAGAAAUGCCCAGUACCGUUCUGUCCAAAUAUUAAACACAAGCUCAAACAACAACAAUUGCAACAAAAAUUACAACAGCAACAGCUAUUACGGCGUCGUAUGGCUCUUAUGACUCGCACCGUUACUACACCAGCUGCUUUAGCUGGUGGUCCAGUUGUUGGAGCGGGCCCAGUUGUAGUGCCUAGUGGUGUUGUUGGACCUGGUGGGGUUGGCGUUGGUGUUGGUGUGGGUGUGGGUGUGGGUGUGGGUGUACCCGGCGUAAAUGUUGGUCAGUCAAGUAUGCCUGGGCAACCAGCUCUAAUGGCGGCGAAUACUGCUGGUGGCAUGAGUCCAUCUACAGUGGCUGUACCCUCGCCGGUAUCGGCACAGAUGAGCGGAGGUAUGACAUCACCGCAUCCACAUCAACCUGGUAUUGGAAUGAAGCCUGCCGGUGGUCAUUCACCUUCACCCACUGUUUUGCAAGUAGUUAAACAGGUCCAAGAAGAAGCCGCUCGACAACAAGGUGGUCCCAUGCCGCCUCCGGUUAUUCAACGUCACAUAGGAGGAAUGCCUAAUCAAGGCAAUCCUGGUGGUGGUGGUAUGAUAGGAAGCAAUGUGGGCAAUGUUGGCGUCGGGGUUGGCGGUGUGGGUGUUGGGCAAAUGGGUCAAGGUGGUGUUAAUGCUGUUAUGGGCAAUAAUAUGCCGAUGGAUCAGUGGGGUGGCGGUAAUCGGUUUCAGACAAAUGUCAAUCCAGGAAUGCGGCAACCAAAUCAAACCCAGGUACAAAUGCAGCAGAAUACAAUGCAGCCGAAUAUGAUGGGCAUGGUUGGGGCCGGCGGUUCGAAUCAAAUGCUUGGCGGUCCGGUUGGCAAUAUGGGUGGCAAUGCUGGUGGCGCUGGUGUUGGUGGAAUGAACAGCCCUGGCGGUGGCAUGGGAGGCAUGGUCGCUGGCGGCCAGGUUGGUGGGCCCGGUAGUGGCAUUCGGCCGCAAGGUGGCCAGCAUAAUGCAACUGUUGAUAGUGGUCAGACGCUGAAUGAAGCACAACUUGCGCUCAUCAUGCAGAAGAUUAAAAACAAUCCAUCACAUGACAACCAACAAAUACUGCAAGUCCUGAAACGUAAUCCGCGAAUAAUGGCUGCCAUCAUUAAGCAACGGCAACAGAGCCAACCGAAUGCCAGUGGAAGUGGUGGCGGUGGUCCAGCGGGGAAUGGACAACAGCAACAGCAACAGCAGCAGCAACAACAACAACAACAGCAAGUGAUGCAACAAAACCAACAGUUACAACACAUGAUGAGCCAGCAGCAGCAGCAGCAAAUGUCUCAAGCGAAUCAACAACAAGUGUUGAUGCAGCCUCAACAGCAAGGGGGGCCACAACAUCAGCGUAUGCCAGGCAUGCAAAACCCCAUGAUGAUGCAACAACAGCAGCAAGUGCCUAGCAAUAUGCAGCCACAAGGACCGAUGCCUAACAUGCAAUGGUUUAAAGCACGUCAAAUGUCGAUGCCUAAUUACCCGCCUCCUUAUCCCCAACGUCAACGCGCACCCCCACAAAUGGGCGGUGGUGGUGGACAACAGUUUGCCGGCGGUAACUUUGGUGGUCCUGGUGGGCCUGGAGAUCAGUAUGCAGUGGCCGCUGCGGCUAUGCAACAAGGCCUAAAACCACCUACACCACAACAACAAAUGGGUGGUAUGCCAGGUGCUGUCGCACAGCAGCAACAACAACAGCAGCAAAUGAUGCAAGCAGGUGGCGUGGUGGGAGGACCCGGUGUAGGAAUGGUGGGUGGUCCCAAUGUAAUGGGACCGCCUACGCCUCACACACUGCAACAGCAACUAAUGCAAUCGGCAGCGCGCUCCUCGCCGCCCAUACGAUCACCGCAACCUACACCGUCACCACGUUCGGCACCAUCGCCACGCGCUGGUGGGCCAUCGGCCUCACCACGCCCGCAACCAUCGCCACAUCAUGUGAUGAGUCAUUCGCCAGCGCCUGGUCCACCGCAUGAUAGCGGUCUACAUAAUCACGUGGGCGGUAUGCAUGCGCCACAUCAAUCACCACUGCCAGGUGGUGUGUCUCAGGAUGUUGGCGUUGGCGGCGGAGUUGUCGGUGGUGGUGGCCCGGGCCAAGCUGUCGCCGAUGCAUCCGAUCAAUUGACCAAAUUUGUGGAACAACUCUAGUGCAGCAAUUAACAGUUGCAGACACCUACUACCACGUUCAGCAACAACAACAACCACAACAACAGCACCAACAAGAUGUACCCGCGUUAUUACUGAGAUAAACCGCAAUUGUGCGUCUAUACAGGUUAAUCAAUCAUAAUACUUUUUGCAGAUCUUUGAUUGAUUUUUUUUAUACUAUUUAUGUUUAUAUUUUUUUUGUGGCAUCACCAUUGAAGUUAUUCAUUUCAAUUUUCUUAUCUCUAAAAAUUAGGUUUAUAAUUCAUUUUUUGCUUUGAAUUAUAUCCAUAGUUAAGAAUAGUGUUUAGAACUCAUUGAAGUUAUGAUCAAACGUUCCAUCGCAACAAGUUACACCUAAUUGUCAUAAGCAUUUAAAGAGUAAUCAUUUGGUUUGCCGAAAGAUGCAUUAGAUGCAUAUAAUCAUAUAAGAAGAAGUACUCCAAAUAGACAAGAUCGAUCAAAGAUACAGUAUGGUGCAGAUACCAAAUUAAAGGUUGGCCGUUACUAAAGUCCUGUUCCCUACAAAACCAUGCAUACAUGCUAAUUACAUUGUAAUUAAUUUUUUUCACUAAACAUUCGAAAAGUCAGUUUUACAUUCAUAUAACAUGAAAUUAAAGUCGUUUACAAGAAAAAGCAUAUAUCACUUUAAGAUUUCAUUUUUAAAAUAUUGGUUGCGCAUUCUUCUUCUCCUUUCUUAUACAUAUAUUAUUGCGUAGGAAACUCCAUUGUGUUCGGCCCUUUGUGCACAUUUAGAAAUAGCUUAAAUUACGUUUUUGUUUAAAUUUGAGUUAAAUUGAUUUCUACUCGUUCUUAAAAUGCUGUUGAACGUAUACACAACCACAUGCACAUACACUGAUAAAUCUAUCUAUAUAUAUAUAGACCUAAUGCAAUUUAAAUGAUUAAUAAUAUACCAUAAAUCAUAUGUAGAUGUAUGUAAAUGUAAUAUAAGACGCAAAAGUUUAUUUUUAUCACUUUGAGGACUGUAAAAGAAUAAAAAAGAUAAAAUCAAAAUAUAAAAUAAUUUUGUAUAAACGGAAAGAAUUAUAGUAAAAAACAAGUCAAAUAUGCAAAUACUAAAAAGCACAUGCACACAUUGUAAAUAUGUAUUUUUUAAGUAACUUAUAUAUACAAUUUAAAUAGGUUUUAGUAACAUUUAAACAAAAGAAACCAAUAUUUAACAAUAACAAAUAAAAAGAAGACCAAUCAAUCAAGCUCCAAUUAGUAAGGUAAUUACAAAUGAACAAGCAAUAGUUUAUAUAUGUGCAAAACUCUUCACGUUUCACAAUUUUUAGAUUGUGAGAUAAUGUUCCGUUAUUUUUCAACAUUACACUGUAAUUAACAUUAUACUUGAAAAAGUUCCAUUAUUUUCGUUGAAAUGAUUUCCAUAAAUGUCUCACACCAAUCUUUUGCUGCAUUGGUGAUUCCUAAAAAGGCAACUGUAGUCUUCACACUGUAGCGUCGCUGUCAACAUUUCUCACCUACAUUGUUUUUACGCUAAAUACAUGUGUAAAGCGUUUUGAUGUACUAUUAUUCUAUGACAUCCAGUAACAAUAUUAAAUGUGCCUUUUCAGUAUUUGUACUUUAAUUGUAAUCUUAUUGCACUAUGUUGGCCACUUGAAUGCUGACUUUUCAUUCGAAUUCAUAUUAUUUCAUCAUUAGAGGCAACUCUAGUUGAUAAUGAAUGCAACAACAUGUACGUAUGUAUGAGUCGCGCUUUAUAGUUUGCUUUACCAGUGAAUUGUGUUUGCAGAGAUUCAAAAUGUUAAAUCUAACAAAUAAUCCUUAUCUAAGAGUAUAUUAAGUAUUCUUUACUUUGUAGAACUAUAUUUAAAGCAAUAUUGAAUUGAGAAGAAGGCCAAUUAAUCACAACAACACAGUAUAACUUCAAAAUAAUUACAAUUGCAACUGUGUAGCUGUGCACAUUUCUACACUUUAACGGAGUUCUUGGUAACGGCACUACGGCACAUCUCAUAAAUAUUUCUAUGCUAUGUCUAAUGAAAGAAAACAAUGUACAUAAGCUAAAUUACACUCAUUCAAAGCCGUCGCAAAUAUUAUACUUGCAGCAAAUAUUACUUGUUUAAUUCACUUUAUUACUCGUUAAUAAUAAUUUAAAACUUAAGUAACUCUUACUUUAUUUUCUUAAAUGUGAACAUUUCAAAUUUCAUACAUACAUAGUAGUAUAAUUAGUGGUACUGUACGCAUGAUUAGUUAUAUUUUGUGAUAGCUUUUUUAUAUGAUAAUAUUUAAUUUUAGUUGAAUUGCUUUUUUUUCUGAUUGGUGGUGUGAUAAAUCAUGCGCCGAAAAAUGUUAGCAUUUUUAAUAUUAUAAUUUAACAUAAUACAUACUUACAUACAUAUAAUUUCGAAUGCCCGUGUACUUUGUAUUAAUUCUUUGGCUAUGAAAAGUGCAUUGGUGUGUUUAGAUUAUACUCUGCAAUUAUUUGGUACGCAAAGAAAUUAUUUACCACCCGUUGACUUGAAAUCCGCCAAUUUUUCCAAGUACAAACACGGUGGUAAGCAAUUUCUUUUCAAGCCUUUUUAUAUUUGAGAAAAUUGAACAUAAAAAAUAUGUACAAUAUCCUUAAUAAAUAUUUAUUACUUCACGCGUAUGUGUGCUUAAAGAGCCGCUCACCAGUGCUUCAAUUGCUUUAUAUACGCAUAAAAAACUACAAGAUUUUGAAAUUUUGAAAUUAAAAUAAAAUGUUUAUAAAACUGCAUAUUUUUUUUAUUACAAUUACGCAAUAGAAAAUAGUUAGCCUAAGUUGUAACUGCAGUCUGUUUUAUGUUUAGACUUGCACAAUUUUCGCGUGAAUAUGUGUUUGUUGUUGUUCGCGCCCGAUAGAUCUGCGCGCCCGCCAACCAACAGCAAACGCACUAUUGCUGGCGAAAAUUGCGCAGCUCGCGUAAUAAAUUAUAAACAAGAAAUAUUUGAAAAUACAAAAUAAGUUAAAAAGAAAGUAUGCAUUGUAUAUACAUAAAUAGUUAGCUUAUAGCGUAGAACAAAACAGCAUAAAUAUUAUAUAAGUUACUUAUUAAAGGUAUGUCAUAAUAUAAAAUAGUAUGUGUAAUUUGUAUGUUAUUACUUAUACUUGUAAUACAAUAUUUUUAAAUGUACAUAUAUACAUAAUUACCUAGCUGCUAAGGAUCAUUAUAUAAGCUAGUUAAUAAGCGUAUAUUGAAAGAUAAUAAAAGCACGGAAAUUUAUUAAAACAAAAAAUUAAAAUUGUUUAAGUAUUGGUUCCAAAAUAUUUGUGAUUUGCAUACCGAUGUACAUACAUGUGUAGGUAUUCGUGUUUCAAUGUGUUUGUGGAUAGCAAGUAAAGUGAGAAUUGUAGAAAAUGUUAGGUAAUCUAAUAUACCUAAAACGCUAUAUUUACACUAUAUAUACAAAUAUUAUUUUCUUACAAGUUCGUAGUUUUGAAAGUCAAGUGUGGUCUUAUUAAAAUUAUUAAAAUAAUACAUUAAAUUUGUGACGAUCUCUUCAACUCCACUUUUUAUGCAUAAUGUUUGAUAUAUGUUAAUUUGUGAAAAAAUAAAAAUUAAAAGUUUUUAAAGGUUGAUAAUCACUACAUGUAAAGUAUUAGUCUAUUUUAAAUUUAAAUAUAAACAACAUAAUAUUAUGUUAUAAAAAUGAUACACUUUUUAGUAAGGAAAAAUCAUACAUAUAUGCUAUGCACCGAUUGCUGAAAAGGAAUCUGCCAACAAGCUGGAAUCAAGAAUACGACAAUUACUAAUUACUAGUAAUGAUUAACGCGUAAAACGUAAUGCGCCGUCUGUGAAAUACUGUGAAAUACCGUUAAAUAACAUGUGUCUAACUAUAGAGCAAAUUAAGUAUAUUUUGGUGGUUUAAUAUUGUAUGUAUAUAUGUAUAAGUAAGCGUUUAUUACUAGCCUGAAAAUAUGAAAUUAAACAAUUUAAAUGAGAAAUGUGCCUGCCAAGCACAUCACAACAUACAUACAUACAUUGCAAACGAUUUAAUUGACAUAACAUACAAAAAAAAUGUAAAUGCCAGAAGCUUAAGUUGUACGCGGUCUGAUAGUAAAUAAAAAAUAGUUACUAAAUAAAAAAGCGUAAUAAAAAUAAAAUUUUGAUUAACAAAAUAAAAAUUAACAUAGUUGUAGAAAUUGAUCAAUCCGCAAUCAGUUAAAAAAUGCAUAAAUUGUUGCUGAACAUAUAUGCCACGCAUAGCUUGUUUUUAUAGGUCAUUUGCAUGUGAUUGCAUGUGAAAUUGUGUGCGGUUAUGCGACAGCGCAGCAACUAAGUAAAAUCUAUAAAAUAGCAAAAAAAA